AAAAAAUCAAAAUGAACACAUCACUAUUUAUCGAAAAAUGGCGUUGACAAGUGUCGGUAGAUUAUUUUUACCAUUAAUUUUAUUAGAAAUAUGUGUGAAAUGCUACGCAAACGACAUUUUAGGAUGUGGUGGAUUUGUUAAAAGUCAUGUUUCUUUAGAUUUUUCUAAAAUAGAGAUUGGACUGUACACCAAAGAGGGCAGUUUGAAGGAGAAGACUGAAUGUGCUCCUACAAAUGGAUAUUACUUUUUACCUCUUUAUGAGAAAGGGGAGUAUGUGUUAAAGGUUCACCCUCCAGCUGGGUGGAGUUUUGAGCCGUCUGAAGUGAACUUGUCAGUUGAUGGGACCACAGACCGUUGUUCUGCUGGGCAAGACAUUAACUUUGCUUUCAAUGGUUUUGGUAUAACGGGCCGGGUGAUCACUGCUGGCCAGAAGCAGGGUCCUAGUGGCAUAGCUGUACAGUUGAUAAAUGAUAAAGGUGAUGUGCGGAAUACUGUGACAACAGUUGGUGGUGACUUUUAUUUCACCCCUGUAAUACCAGGAAAAUAUAAUGUAAAGGCUUCCCACCCUAAGUGGAAACUAGAACCUAGUCAGGCAGUAGUGCAAGUCAAAGAAGGUAACACUGCAUUACCUGUUGGUGUGCUUGCAGUCAAGGGUUAUGAUGUGUCAGGUUCCGUCACAUCAUUCGGCAGCCCUAUUCGGGGCUUGUAUGUGCUUCUGUACUCUAAGGAGGAAAGCCCUAAGUUCCGAGUAGAAGGCUGCAACACAGCUCUUCUUCAAGGCGUACCUGAUUCUCCGAUCUGCCAUACCAUUACUGAUGCUAAUGGAGAGUUUAGUUUUGGUCUAGUCCCUGCAGGAGAAUAUAAACUCCUUGCAUUACCUACAGCACCUGGCCAGGUGGCCAUCAGCUACAAUGUGAAACCUGAAUCAGUUCCCUUUACUGUCAGACAUGACAGUCUAUUUAUCAAGAAUGCCUUUGAGGUAACAGGUUUCACAGUUGUAGGGAGUGUAGUGAAGUCAGUAGGAGGUCCAGGUCUGUCUGGUGCCCGUGUCUUGUUGGAUGGCAAGGCUAUCGGUAGCACUGAUGGCACUGGCAAGUUUACACUGCCUAACUUGCAGCCAUCUACUUAUACUUUGACAUUUGAACAUGAACAAUGUGAGUUGGACGAGGUCCAACUAGUAGUGUCUCCGACGGGCCCGGCGGGAGGCCCGCAGGCGCGCGUGUCUCGAUGGCGCGUGUGUGGCGCGGUGACGCCGGCCAGCGCGCGGGCCGUGUUGCUGGCGCGGCAGGGGGCCGAGCCCCUGCGGAUCCCCUCCGACACUCAGUCAGGCUCCUGGUGCACCUUCCUACCUCCAGGUCUCUACAACGCCAGGGUCGACGUUUCUGAUCAGGAGCAAAGGGAUGGACUACAGUAUUACCCACUGAGCCAGAAGGUAUCAGUGGGCAAUGGGCCGGUGUCCGGCGUGACGUUCUCUCAGCUGAAAGGCAAGCUGAGCGGGCGCGUCCAGUGCAAGCAGGCCGCGGCCUGCGCAGACAUACCUGUCACGCUGCGACCUCUGUCCGCCGACGGCGGCUAUGUUGGACAACCCAUGACUACUGUUGCUAAAGAUGGCAAAUACACAUUUGAGGAAGUCCUCCCUGGCAGUGUGGAGAUCUCAGUGGAGAGUGACGUGCUAUGCUGGGCCGAGUCCAGGCACAACGUGGCCGUCACACAGGACCAUACUAACGUGCCCACGUUUGAACAUACUGGAUAUGUAUUGCGGAUACAUUCUACACAUGAAGUUGAGGUAGAAUACAGCGGGCCGACGUCGUCGGGCAUGUUCCUGGUGCCGUCGGGCCCCAGCCAGCAGUGCGUGCCGGCGGCGGAGCAGUACGCGCUGACCCCGCGCGGCUGCCACCGCUUCCAGCCCGCGCAGGCGCUGGCCGACACGUCGACACUAGUACCUACCACGGUGUACCUGGUGGCGACGGCGCACGCAGUGGUGGUGCGCGUGGCGUCGGCCGUGGCCGUGGACGACCUGGUGCUGCGCGUGGUGUCGGACGGCGCGCCGCCGCGCGACGUCGGCCCGCUGGCGGCGCGCCCGCAGCCCGCCGGGGGGUUCAUGUAUGAACACACUCUGUAUAUGGCUGACGGCGAGGUGUCGCUGGUGUCGGCGGUGUCGGCCGGCGUGCUGUGCGGCGCGCCGCAGGCCGUGGCGGGGCGCGCGCGGUGCCAGCCGCACGCGCUGACGCUGCAGGCGCGGCCCGCGCUGUCGCUGCACGGCGCCACCCACCCGCCCGUGGCCGGCGUCACCGUCACGCUCGUGUCUGACGACCUAAAACUAACCCACGUGACUUCAGAAGACGGCAAGUACCACUUCGGUCCAUUGGACGCUGCCAAAAAGUAUAAGAUUACGGCUGAAAAAGAUUCGUAUGUGUUCAGUGAACCUGAUGAGAAUGGUAACAUUGUCGCUCAGAAGUUGGCUGAAAUAACGGUGGAGUUAUUGGAUGAUGCCGAUGGGACGCCACUGCAGGGUGCGUUAGUGUCGGUGAGUGGAGGCUCGUACCGCCGCAACGUGGGCAGUGGAGCUGACGGCCGGCUGAGGUUCUCGUCGCUGUGGCCGGCGCAGUACUACGUGAAGCCAAACAUGAAGGAGUACCGGUUCCAACCGCCACACCAUAUCAUCACGCUCGCACAGGGACAGGCUCAUCACAUCACGCUCAGAGGCGUCCGCGUAGCAUGGUCGUGCGUUGGUGCUUUGGUAUCGCUGGGCGGCGCGGGAUGGCCGGGCGCGACUCUGCUAGCUGUACCCAAGGACUCUCCACCACACUGCGCCACUGAGGAAGCCACUACUGAAGCUAGUGGAGCGUUCAGGAUCCGAGGUCUGCUACCAAAUUGCGUUUACAAUAUCCAGCUGAAGGAAUCAACUGCUCCAGAGCUGUUAGGACUUAAAUUGGCUAAGGCUCCUCCAGUAUUAGAGGUGAAAGACAAUAAGGACAUAGAAAACGUGCGCCUAAUAGGUAUCCAGCCUCGACAAGUCACAGACGGCAGCGUGAUGGUAUAUACAAGCAAUCCCGCGCACUACCGCGCCCUGCGACUUUACCUGACAGCGGACAGUUCACAAGCUGCAUUGUACUCUGCUCGCCUCGAACCAGGCCCUGGACCUCAUAACCCAGGCCUUAUGCACGUCUUGCCUCGUCUACCUGCAGAUAACCUCACUUAUGUACUGAGACUACAGUGCUCGCUCUCCAAGGCUACUCAUUCCUAUGAAGAACCUGUAUACUACUUCGUCUCGGAUGGCCAGUACAAACACUUCACUAUCGAAUUUGAGCCUAAGGUGAAGUCUAGCGAGCAGGAAGUGCGACAGACGUCCCUAUUAGUGUUACCGCUGCUGGUAUUGUUGGGACUGGCGUGGCGGUACCGCGACCGUCUGCUGGAGUCACUGGCGGCCGCCGUGGCGAGGGCAGCGCGCCCCACGCGGGCCCCGCGCCCGGAACGGGGCCCCGACACACUGGACCGCGCCAGCAUCGACCAGAUCGUCUCAGCACUGAACCCACCACCAAAAAAACCCAAGAAGAAACAACUCUAGGGUUUAUCAUUAACAGAACAGUGUCAAAACUGUGAGAAAUAAUAAUAAUUAAAUAAGUAAUUUUUACGCCAAUGCAAAGAAUUAAUGAAGUGAUUUUUUAAUCCCAAUUUUAUUUUCAAAUGUGAUGACGACGGUAAAGUACGUAGGUUAAAUACCGUGAAGUUACAACCAAUGCAAAUAAUUGUCAAAGUGAGUAUUUAGUUCCCAUUUUAUUGAAACACGUGAGCUAUCAAUAAAUAUCCAUUUUAAAAAUAAGAUCGCGUGCUAAUCCCCUCAAAUUACAUUUACAAAUAUAAGGACUGUGUUGUAGCAAUAAUAUAUAAGAACUUCACACACGUUUACAAUCGAACAAAUAUGUUAAGUAAAGAAUAUAUCAAAUUGAAUAAGUUUUAAAUCAAAUAUUAAUAAUGCGUUAUGUUCACCGAAAAUGGUACUGUCAUGAUGAUCCGAAUUAUAAAAAACGACUUAUGAAAACUCAUGCACGAUGCCUUAUUAACUGCUACAUCCUUCUCAAAUUGUCAUAAGACUGCAUUUCGUGUGGCAACAUGUACCUUUUAUUUGAUUCUGUUCUAAUAAAUCACUUAAUAUUUAUCUAAGAGUUGGAUCUCCUGUUCUUACCUAAAUUCUAUAAUUGUGAACCUCAGUAUUUAAUUGUGCUCUUAGAUAUAUUAUUAUUGAUUUAUUGAAACGGACCCAAUAUUUUUAAGUAUGUUUUAUUAGCUUUUACCCGCGUUUUUCCCAACUAUAUCAUUAUGUAUGCGAAAAAAGUAAGAAGAUAUCAAACAAUACAGACUACAUAUUUGUUAUUAUUCUUGAGAAUUUUUGCAAAGGCGGAAGUCCCGUAACGCCGGGCGGGACCUAACGCCGGACACUUGUAUUAUCUCGAUAACUGAUAACACGAGCGAUGCAAUUUUUACUAAAAUCUUAGGUGUUUGCCACUGGGAGACUUAACCCUAAAAAUUUAAUCACUCGCGUUAUUAGUUAUCGAGAUAAUACAAGUGUCCGGCGUUAUGAGCCGUCCGGCGUUAAGGGACUUCCUCCUACGACUGAGCCAUUUAAGUCCAGUGAGCACCUUUGGUCAUUAGUAUUGCAGAUGUCCAUGAGCGGUGCGAAUUGCUUACCAUCAGGUGAUCAGUCUGUUCGUCGUUCCACAAAAAGUACGGAGUAAAAUGUCGAUGCGGUUUUAUAUUCCAAUUAAUUCAUAUCAUUUGAUCAGUAACAUUAUUUAAUAAUUUAUCUUUGGUUAAGGUGCAGUGAAUGAAUAAGUAUAAUUUAUAUUUUGUUGUGCAUUGUUUAAAAUAAAUGCAUUUAUGUGAUGUAUGUUCUGUUGGUCGGGAUAAAUAAAAGGAUUGUUUGUUUC